UCGCUGCUGAGCAACGAAUUGGUGCAGUCGCUGCAGCAGAGCGCGGUGUAUCUGCAGCAAGGCUUCCUCUCCGAAGCGUUCCUGCAGAGCCGCCAGCUCGUUCUGAACACGGCCACGCUGUGCCAGAAGCUGCAUCCCGUGGCGAUCCGCGCGCUGAACAUGAUGGCCUCGAUCCUCUUCAUGCUGAAGGACUACGUCAACGCGGUCAAAUACAACCGACUGGCGCUGAAAUACACGCAGCGCGCCUAUGGUGCGGACAGCAUCGAGGCCGCCAUCUGCCACAGCCAGCUUUCCGACGCUCUGGGCCACGCGGGAGCGCGCAAUGAGUCGAUUCUGCACGCGAAGGCGUGUCUGGACAUCUACGUGAUGGCGUGCGGCGACGGCUCGGAGGAAAUCGGGGAAGUCUACGCGAAUCUGGGUCUGCAGUACGAAGAGCUCGUGUCCUAUCAGAAGGCCAUCGACUGCCUCGCCAUCGCCGUGGACAGACUGGAGAAGAAGCACCCGCUCUAUGUGCAGUGUGUGAAGGGACUGGCGCAGUGCUCUGCAUUGAUGAUGAAGUGGUCCGACGCGUGCAAGUAUGAGCAGAUGUACCAAGAGGUGGUCAAGGAGUCGGAGGAGAAGGAGAAGGAGACCCUGGUGAAGGAAAGCGAGGAACGGCUGAAGGAGUACAACCAGAAGCUGAUGAUGCAGAUCUCCAUGCGUAGUAUUCUGGGUUAAAUGUUUAGUUGUGUGUUUGUUGACUAAGUGUGGAGUGAGUGAUCGUUGGAAAGGUAGAUUUGGAUGGGUAAACAAAGAUUCAUUUGGAUACUUAUGACUUGAAAAGCUUCACCUAAUAUCGCUCAUAAUAUUUUUAUAUUUAUAUAGCAGUAUAUCAAACAGUUUAAACACUCACAAUAUGUCGUGUGAUAUUGGUGUAUAUGGACUAAGCGUCAUGGGAAGCAAUCUUGCUCUGAACAUUGCUUCCAAGGGCUUUAAUGUAGCAGUAUCAAACCGUUCUCCUGAGAGAGUGCAAGAGUGCGAAACAAGAGCCAAAGAAGAAAAUCUGGGAGAUAAGGUUUUUGGGUCUCAGACUCCGAAAGAAUUUUGUGAAUCGCUGAUCCGACCUCGCAAGAUCAUCAUGUUGGUGAAGGCGGGCGCUCCCGUGGAUAAAACCAUCGAAAGCCUCGUUCCCUACCUGGAGCCUGGCGACAUCCUCAUUGAUGGCGGUAACGAGUGGUACGAGAAGAGCAUCCAGCGAACUCGCAACCUCGAGGAGAAGGGCAUUCUCUUCGUGUCCAUGGGUGUGUCUGGAGGCGAGAUCGGUGCCCGUCACGGUCCCUCGCUGAUGCCUGGCGGUCGUAAGAGCGCCUACGAAGCCUUGGAGAAUAUUUUGACCAAAAUCGCCGCUCAAGUCGACAACGAAGCCUGCGUAACGUACAUCGGUGGCGCGGGCUCUGGCAACUAUGUGAAAAUGGUGCACAACGGAAUCGAAUACGGCGAUAUGGAGCUGAUCGCGGAGGUGUAUCAUCUCUUGAAAUCGGCGGGCUUCAGCAACCCGGAGAUGAGUUCGAUCUUCGCGGACUGGAACAAGAGCGAGCUGGAGAGCUACUUGAUCGAGAUCACGAGUCUGAUUUUGGCGAAGCCGGACGAGCUGGUGGGCGAGGGCUAUCUGAUUGACCGCAUUCUGGACGUUGCUGGAAGCAAAGGAACCGGCAUGAUGACCGUCAAGGAAGCCGCAGAGCGCGGCGUGUCGGCGCCGACGAUCUCCUCUGCGCUGUUCGAACGCUACAUUUCGGGCGAGAAGGACAUGCGAAUGCGCGCGGCGUCGCUGCUGCCGGGUCCCGCGUUCGACUGGGGAACCGUGGAUCGCACGCAGCUGGUGUCGGAUCUGAAGGACGCGCUGUUCUGCUCGAAGAUCGUGGCGUACGCGCAGGGCCUGGAGAUCAUCCGCCAGGCGUCGCUGACGUUCAAUUGGGGCAUCAAUCUGGGCGAAUGCGCGCGGAUCUGGAAGGGCGGCUGCAUCAUUCGCGCGAAGAUUCUCGAUAAAAUCCGCGGGGCGUUCGCGCAGGACGCCGGUUUGGAGAAUCUGCUCCUCGAUCCUGCGUUCGCAGAUCAGUUAGUGAAGCGACAGCAGGCGUGGAGACGCAUCGUGACGCUGGCAGCGGCGAGCGGCGUGUCGAUUCCGGCGCUGACGGCGAGUUUGCAGUACUUCGAUAGCUUCCGGUCGCAGAGAUUGCCGACGAACAUGAUCCAGGCACAGCGCGAUUUCUUUGGAUCGCACACGUACGAGCGUGUGGAUCAGCCGAGAGGCCAGUUCUAUCAUUGUCGUUGGACGAGUGAGCAUGCUUUGCGUGUUUGUUACAAACAAUCGAUUGCGUUUGGGGUGCUUUGCUGCCGAUGGAUCUCUCAAUCAAUGUGGCGCAGUUUUGCCAGGCUUGGGUAUCAAAGCAGGAUGUGCCGGUAAUCCGCCCGCUUUCUCCGGAAUCGAGGGAAUAUUUGAAUACAGAGGGUGAGCUGAAACUCAAUGUUCCUUCAUUUUAUUUGGACGACCAGAACGUAAAUACAGAGGUUGGUACAUCCGUUGUUGAAAAAGAGGAAAGAGUGAUGCAAUUAGAGAGGAAGAGCGAUGAAAAGGUGAAAAAGAGUAAAAAACGGGAUGCUCUUUCGAAAAAGAAGAGUUCUGAGCAUGAUUUAAAGGAGACCGAUAGGGAAAAUGGGAAUGCCAAGUCGAAGGAGAAGAAUUUAAAGUCAAAUCAUAAAGAAAAAUCGGAUUCAAAGCUAAAAAAGGAAAAGCACAAGGAAAAGAAGGAAAAGCGCUGUGUGAAGAAGAAGGAGGAGGGGAAAAAAGAGCAUCUUGUAAAGAAGAAGGAGGAGGAGGAAAAAGAACACCCUGCGAAGAAGAAGAAGAAGAAGGAAAAAGAACACCACACAAAGCAUAAGGAAAAACUUCUCCCAAAGAAAGAUUCGCAUCCUCCUGAACAUAAACAAUAACACGCACUAAACCACACCCCAUAUCAA